AUGGCCGCGCGGCGUCGCUCCCUCCUCAUGCUCCUGCCCCUCCUCCUCCUACUCCUCUCCCACUUCCUCUCCCUCGCCGCCGCCUUCCAGUCGGACGAGCUGCUCCUCCACGACGAUGACGAGUUCGAGGGCACCCGGGCCUCCUCCACCCCCUCGCCCCGGCCGCCCUCGACGCCGCCGGUAGUGUCCUCCCGCCGCCGAUCCGCGGACGCAACGCAGGCGGUCGGCGCCUCCGAGUCCAACACCGUCCAGUUCACCCUCGAGCACGACCUCGGAGCCGGUCUAGGGUUCGCCCCCGCCGGGUCCUUCUCCGCCCGCCUCAAGUCCUCGGCCCACGGCUCCCAGACUCUUACUAAGCUCCGAUUUACGAGGAAUGAGUUGACUGAGGAUGAAAAGAAUGCAUUUAAGGAGAAAUUACUGGAAGAAGAUAGUUUUUACACAAUAAGGCUACCGUCUAAUGUGUUGGAUCCUACAAGAAACGAUUAUAUUUAUUCCUCAAUCAAAGCGAGAUGCAUUCCACGUGACAGCUUGGAUGAACAUAUUGUCAUCCACAUGGACGGUGUAAAUAUUUUGGCUGUUAAUUAUGGUUCCGUUGGUGGAUGCCAAUAUCCCCGGCCAAUGAAAGUACCAUCAAAAUGGACAUUCAAUUCAUACACUAUUCUGAAGACUGCUGACCAAGCACCAAGAACUCCAUCAUUUGUAGAGCAAUUAAUAGAAACUGAAAGUGGACUCGGUGAAGUGAUGAAACCACCUGAGAAAUCUUUCUGGGCUAAAUAUUGGAUGUACAUCAUUCCUCUUGGUCUCAUUGUCAUGAACGCCGUCACAGCAGCAGCAAACAUACCGGAGGAGCAAGCUGGAGGGCAGGGUCAAGCUCCAGCACAAAGGGUGCCAAUUGCUGCUCCAAGGAGAAGAUGA